ACUUGAAAGCAACUUAAGCUCCUCCUCCUCCGUCAGUCCGAGCGGGAAGUUCAGAUGUUUCAUUCCUAAAUAUACUCUCAUGUAAAUACUCAAAUAUUCCGCCGUUCAUUCAACAAAAAAAAACUCUUUCGGGGUAUUUUAAACGUGCCUGUAGGAGACACGUCCGCAGUCAUGUCCAGUGAGGAGGAGAGGAGCACCUCUGCAUCCAGGUGUUUUGGACAGUUCACCUACACGGCUGAGGAGUACCAGGCGGUGCAAAACGCUCUGCAACAAAAGCUGGGGCCAGAAUACAUCAGCACCAGAGUGGCUGGAGGAGGACAGAGGGUGUGUUACAUUGAAGGGCAUCGUGUCAUCAGCCUGGCCAAUGAGAUGUUUGGAUACAACGGGUGGUCUCACUCGAUUUCCCAGCAGAACGUUGACUUUGUGGACCUCAUCAAUGGGAAGUUUUAUGUCGGAGUCAGUGCUUUUGUCAAAGUGCAACUGAAGGACGGGUCGUUUCAUGAGGACGUCGGCUACGGAGUCAGCGAAGGACUGAAGUCUAAGGCUCUGGCACUGGAAAAGGCGAGAAAGGAAGCUGUCACUGAUGGCAUGAAGAGAGCGCUGAAGUACUGGAGCUUAUUAUUUAUACUCAUUAGCUUUGCUCUUAAUAAAAUAAAAGUAAUAUUUUUUUUUGUCUUGUUGAGGUGUUUCGGUAACGCCCUCGGAAACUGUAUCCUGGAUAAAGGAUACCUCCUAGCCAUUAACAAGAUCCCCAAACAGCCUCCUCCUCCUCUGGACCCGGCCCAGACUAAACGCACCGAGGGCGAGCCGUCGGUGGAGAAGGCCCGCUUUGGAAGUAUGGCUCGAGAGGAAAAUCAAGCAUCGGCUCCUGUCAGGACGCCGCUGGAGCCCAGAGUCAUCAACCAGAACCAGGACUGUUCAGAAGCUUACACUCCUAAAGCUGCUGACCUUUGCCCUGAUGGGAGGAGCGAGAACGGCUGCUCCAGGUCUGUUACGGACGAGUCGGACCCCAAACAGCUGAGAAAACUCAGACAGCAGCAGCUUCAGCAGAAGUUCAGGAGAGAGAUGGAGGCCAAGAAGCUGCAGCAGAAACAGGAUCAGGCCAAGUCAGAGGAGAAAGAGGUCACUAUCGGACAAGGAUCCGGCGCAGCUCAUGAAAGUGCAUCUGCGUUCAGUGACUCAACCACAGGUGGACACGGUAACCACGGCAGCAGGGAUGUUUGUUUAGCAGAUGAUCCUGAGCUCUGGGACUUCUCCCUGGAUGGAGGCGAGGAUCUGGACGUCCCAGCAGACGGCCCGUCCCUCAGAGAGUCCAGGGUGAGCACGCCGGGGAAUCACCAGAUGCAGACGCGCAGCAAGACUCCUCAGAGAGCCCCCAUCAGACCUCCAGAGGCCCCGUCGUACAGCAGAGGACACGAACAGGCUCAGUCCAGACCUCAACAACAGAACCAGUAUCAGGGGAGAGCAGGUGAAUCGUUCAGUCCAUACAGACAAGGACAGUACAUGAAGAAACGCAGGCUGGACACAUGACGUUUUAUGCUGCUGUUUGUUCUAUGCUGCCUACAUUUAAGUGUUAUGAUUUUAUUUAUAUAUGUACGUUUAUAUAGUUUUUGUAUGAUAUGUGUACAAAUGUUUUUGGUUAUUUUAUUAUUAAAAAAGGAAAACCAAAAGAAGCACAUUUACAUGAUUGAACAUGUAGCAGUGAAUCACACCUCAUGAAUUCAUUUUAUUAACCUUUAUGUGACUUUUUUUAGUUCAUUAUUAAUGUUCAAAGGAAGAAUUUAAAAUAAAGU